GAGCUCGGUUAACCAGCGUUGGCCCGACAUACGAAAGCAUGGAUUAUGAAGACGCCCAUAACGGGCGUGGGCCGUGCGGUGCUCAGAGUUCUAAUAAAGCCAUGAGUAUAAUUGGAGCAGAGGAUGAAGACUUUGAGAAUGAUGAGCAACCUAUGGUGGAUGAUCACUGCAGUCACUUUACAAGUAUUGAACUGUUGAAGAACAGACCCACCCACUUGCUGGUCUUCCUCCACCAUGUCAUGUUGCAGUUCGACUGUGCUCCAGUACUGUGCUACCUUUAUGCUGACCUCUUCAAGAACUUCAACGCCAAAGACACCAAGAAACACUUUGGAGAAUUCUGCAGCACUUUUCUGGAUAAAGGAGCGAUUCUCAGAGUAACCGUGCCAAACCACAUAGCCGCUGACUUUGAUCGCACACGGUCAGAAAUGAUCAGUGAAGAUCUACAGAAGCAUUAUGUUUAUGAAGUUCAGCUUCUGCAGGCUCCAGAGGUACUGCGACAGCUGGAAGACUUCAGGCAAAAGAGGAUGAUGGGAAUGACUCCUAAUGAGCGUGAGUUAACUGAUGUGGAGUCCCAUCGCCCCACUGACCGUAUCCCUAUGGAGAUGAAGGAAAAGGCGGUAGCUGAAGGCCUGUUGGAAAGGAUGGUUGAGGCAAACCCCUCAAUUGUUGCAGACAAGGACAAAAGUAACUCCAUCUUUGGAGCAGUGGCCUUCUAUAUGAAGCACCUUGGAGUCAAGACUAGAGCACUUGACAACAAGAAAACAAGAUCUGGAUGGCGGCCUUCUGUACCCUCUGUGUUGAAGCCAUGGGGAGGUGGAAAAGCCAAACCCCCUAUACAUGAUAAGCCUAGAUUGGACAUUGAAGUUAAGCCCAAACAGAACCCAGCUCCACGUAUGCCAGAAAAUGAAAGAUGCAGCAAUGCCGGCCGAAAGCCCAGUACAGUUUUGCCUGGCACCAUUCACGUCUCAGAGAGCAACGAAUCGCCCCCCAUCAUUGUUAGUGUGACUCCCAGCCCUGACUCCCAAAAUGAGAUCGGUGCCAACAGCAGUCGCUUUGAACCCAAACCAGUGUCAGAUGGGGGAGACGUGUCUCCUGUCAGCCCUGGUGCAGGUCUCACCAUCAAUGAACCUCCGUCUUUUGUCGACAGUCUUGAGGAGGACAAUAAGGACAGUGUCAAGAACGUACGCCGCAGUGAGAGCCUUUGCGUGGAGCGCCGUCACUCUCGCCGUGGUGGCUCCACCCGAGCCAAGCAGUCUCGCUCCCGUAGCGACGUGGACCUGCAGUCGACUGCCACAUCCCACCCCCCCUCACCCUCCUCACAGCUCUCUGUGGACAGUGGAUUGCCAUCUGAAGUGUCCCUGUCUGACUCCACGUUUGGCCCCACUCAGCAGGAAGAGUUAGAGCCACGCCUUCAGGAGCUGGACCAGGAUCCACCCAACUGGAGGGAACUUGCUGACAGUGACAUCUUGAACAAACUGAGCAAGAAGGAGAUCAAAAGACAGGAAAUCAUUAAUGAGUUGUUUGGGACAGAGCACGCUCAUGUUCGUAUGUUGAGCGUAUUGCAGACCGUGUUUUAUCGUCCACUGGAGAGGGAAGAGAUCAUGCAGAUAGCAGAAGUGGAAGCCAUCUUCCCUAACCUUGAUGAGAUCUUCGAUAUGCACUAUGCCUUCUUUGAGAACCUGAAAACAUUGCGUGAGGAAGACGGUUACAUUGUCAAAAACCUUAGCAAGCCACUUCUGAAUCGGUUCAGUGGCUCAGAAGGAGAGUGGUUUCAAAAGCUCACCGCACGUUUUUGUAGUCACCAAUCAUGGGCUCUGGAUCAGAUAAAGAGCAGACAGAAGAAAGAUGUCCGUUUUAAUGCGUUCAUACUGGAAGCAGAGAGUAAACCACAGUGUAGGAGACUACAGCUGAAGGAUAUCAUCCCCAUUGAGAUGCAAAGACUAACUAAGUAUCCUCUUCUGCUGGAGAACAUUGCCAAGAAUACAGAGGAUGACGUAGAAAAAUCAAACAUAACCCAAGCCGCAGAGUGUUGUCGCAGAAUCCUCAACCACGUCAAUGAAGAAGUUAAACUCAUGGAGAACAUGCUGAUUUUGAAGGAGUACCAGCGCAGACUGGACACCUCAGGUCUGAAGCCAAGCAAUGAUCUCUACACUGAGUACAAGACCAUUGAUCUGUCCACUAGGACGAUGCUGUUCGAAGGACCUUUGACAUGGAGGCUGACCAAGGAGAAAGCAAUCGAUGUUCACUGUGUACUGCUGUCGGACCUGAUGGUGUUGCUACAGAAACAGGAUGAUAAGAUGGUUUUAAAGUGUCAGAGCAAAAGCAACAUCGCCGUUCAGGAGGGCAAACAGAUGUUGAGUCCGAUCAUCAAGCUGCAGUCGGUUUUUCUCAGAGAUGUGGCCACUGACCCAAAGGCUCUCUACGUCAUUUUCACCUGGGACAGCGGAGCACAGAUCUACGAGCUUGUGGCUCAAUCCAUUGGGGAUAGGAAAAAUUGGACAGAGGUGAUUAAGUCUACAGUUGAUGAGCUGAAGAAGAGAGGAGGGAAUAAGCUGGACAGAAACAGAGCUGGCAGUAUGCCCAGCAGCGCCAUUGGAUACGGGCCAUUAUUCCCUCCCCCUCAAAGCCCCACUGAGAACGGUGCAGAAUUGAAAAGUCGCAGCGCCCGAUACAAAUCCCCCUUUACUGAUGAGAAGCCUAGCAAUUCUGAACCUUCACUCAUAGACUUCCUAGCUACCAAUGGCUUCGACCUGCUCAGCCACAGCCAGACCUCCCAAGAAAAAAUAGCUAGUGGGGCUUUGGACGAAGUCAUGUAUUUGAAGAGACUAUUGGUCAGGAGCAUCAACCUAUCAGAUGACUCCCAGACUGUUGGAGAGAAUGGAGGGGCAGAGCCUGAAAGCCAGGAGGCAGACGGCUGUCAAUCAACAGGGGAAUCCAGUAUGGAUAUCAAAGCUGAAGGAGAAGGGGGUGGAGGAGAUGGAAGCUGUAAAGGAGAAGAAGAAAGCGGGAUCAGCGCUCCUCUGGUGCUCUCUCAGGAGCGCAUGGAGGACGUGCAGAGGAGACUGCAGGUUCUCGAAGAACAGAUAAAGAAACUUCAGACAAUUGAGGAGGAGCAUCAUAAAUUGCAAGAAGUCCUUGCCAAGUAUUCACUUCAGGGGGGCCAUUACUAAGAACCAACACAACCUGCUGUUACAGAUCACUGUGUGCUGGACUUUAGCCUUUUGGAGGUUUUGACAAUUGACUCAUUCUGCCUGAAUGUUUCCGCGGUUUUCUCGUCUCAGCUGUCCUUUCAGAAGAUUAACAGCAAGCCUCGGGCAGUUUCCACGUCAUUGAGAAAUAAAAUAGCAAGGGGUUUUGUGAAAUUACAGUGAUUCUUGAGCAUGAAUGCUUUUGUGUGACUCUAUUAAGAGGAAUGAGAGUGACAGUCUAGCCAAAUGAUGCCAAAGAAAUGUGCAACAUCUAGAGAGAGAUCAAAGUAAAAACCUAAACUAAGUUAAACCUGUCAAAGCAUGUCAAAAGUAGUUUAGUGCCAAGAGACUGUUUUUAAUCAAAUAUAGUUGCAUCUCAAUAAAUUCAAAGCCUAAUGCUGAGACAGUAGUUAUUGAGUCAGGUUUUAUAUCAGGUUAUUCAAACUAAUAUUAUGGUUUUUCCUGUAUUGUUGAAUUUAACAGUGAGCAGACAUGCUGAUUUUUUUUUGCCUAUAUAUAUAUAUAUUUAAACAAAUUUCAAGAUACUGUUUGCACAUCCAAACAUAUAUUUCCAUGCUAAAUCUAUUUUAAAUAACAGAUAUUAAAACGCAUAUAUAUAGACUUCCUAGCAGAGUAUCGCUCUGUUGUACAAUAACGUGCAUUGGCCAAACUGUAGUAAUAAGGAGAGUAAAGACAUGCAGUUUUGUUUUAGCCUUUUUAUUCAUCAAAUAGGAUUAUGUGUCGUCUUACCAGAACUUCUGUUAACUCUCAAUAAACAAAAGAAAAGAAAAUGUCAAGUAGGACGGUUCGAUACAUGAAUGAAGGAAUUGAGAAAUGUUUUAGGUGAGGGUUGCUGUCUUAAAGGGAUAGUUCACCCAAAAAUGAAAAUUUGGUCAUUUACUCAAUCUCAGUUGUUACAAAUUCGUAUAAAUAUCUUUGUUCUGAUGAACACAAAGGACCAGAGUAACCAAACCGUUCAUAAGCUCCAUUUACUUCCAUAGUAUUCUUUUUUCCUAUUAUGGAAGUGAAUGGGGUCCACAAACAGUUUGAUUAAAAUUUCUUAAAAUAUCUUCCUCAUCAGAACAAAGAAAUUUAUACGGGUUUGUAACAACAUGAGGGUGAGUAAACCAUUUUGGGGUGAACUAUCCCUUUAAAGCACACCUGACCAUCCAGAGUGAAACUGAGACGGCUGUCGCGAGGUUUGAUGUUCAGAGAUCUAGUUAGACUUCGACGCUGUGGUUUGAUGUGUGGAAAUCUUGUAUAUGUAGCAGUUCAAAUGUAAUGCAUGCAUACAGACAAGCUCAAUGGAUGUCCACACGUUUGUGUUUAAGCAUAUGAAGGCAUGCACAAUGACUCAACUGCAGGUCUUUAUUGUAUUGGUAGUAAAGCAGAAGUAUUCUGGUAUGUAGACACAGGUCGUAUAAUACUUUUUUAUGUAUAUCUAUGCAAAUCACGAGAUAUGUGUCAAAUCCAUUGGGGAUGGUUUAAGAAAAAUUGGGGAUAAUACAUUUAUCAGUUUGUUGUUUCUGUAAUUAUGUGUGUCUCAAUUUUGUUCUUUAUAAGUAGUUUUGUCAGCUUAAGCAGGACCAAAGAGUUAAAUAUAUAUCAUUAAGUAGAGAAACCUCACAUUUGCUUGGUAAAGCUUGAUAGUGUCAACUGUAAAGGAAAAAUACUACCUGGGCUGAAAGUAGUGGGAGUUCGAUCCAUUCGCCUAUCCCUCUCCAAUCUCUCGAGCGCUUAACCUUACUGCUGGAUCAACCCACAAAAUAAUGAAUUGGAUUUGCCUGUAAAUGUGUUGGUUUAUAAUCCUAUUUAGGCUUGAACGGAUUAAACGUUGUCUCAGAACUGAACUGCUGUAUCUAUUAUAGAAAAGAUGCUGGUCCUCAUUACCUGACCAUGUUCUUUAGCUUAAAGGACUACAUUGUUUUCUCUUCUGCACUCUUUGCCUUGUUAGGGUGCCAAUCCACAGAACAGCAGGUAAUUUCAGGGGUUCAAAAUUAUAUCGCAUCUCAAGAGUUUGGAGGCAGAAACAGUGAGUUUCUUACCAGUACUGUAAUUAUCAUCUUAUGUAACAUGCAUUCAUAAUGUUAUUCAACCCACUGCCUAGUUAUGCAACUUUUAGCUGAUGUGUUAUUGUAGUGUGAUUUUGUAUUGAUAGAUGCAACUUGUUUUAAGGUGGAUUGUCUUGAAUUUUGUUUUCAGUGGUCUUAAAUUCUCUCUUUUAGCAACCGUUUACUAGUUGUUGUUUUUUUAAAUGGUCUCACUUUCACAUCAAAAGAGUUAGCAGUGUUGGUCCUAGUAGCUACCAUUCAGACCUAUUCGUGUUUUUUCCAUAUUUUAUUCUCUUUUAGAAGUAGUGAAAUAAUAAAGGUGGCACAAGAUGUUCACAUCCCACCCAACUUUUAUCUAAUCGCACAAUUUUCUUUUUUAGCAUUUUCUUACAUUUCAUGUGUUUGCUUUCUGUGCUGUUGUUGUUUUAUUUAACCUAUGUAAUUAUGUUAUGUACUAUACGUUGCCUAUUAUAAAAGAUGGUGUGAGAGAAAACAAAGACAUCCUUAACCAGACUCUAAAAGUGACCACUUUUGUUGCAUCUGUGGCAAGUGUUGCUGUUCGUUUGUAAUAAAGGUUUUGGGUGAGGUGUCUCUCUCACUGUUUUAACUUUUGAUGUGUAUCUAUAUAAUGCAUAUACAUGGUAUAGCUAUAUGUUUAAAUCUGAAUUUUUUCCAAAGGGCUCUUUUACACCUGCUGUCCCCUCACUUCCUUCAAAAGUCUUCAGUGGGAAAUGCUAAAUCUGACAUUUGCUUUUGGCAAAUCUGAUAUUUUGUAAACUUCCCCCUAAGUGCAAUGAAUCUUACUGCCUACCAAAUUAUAGUUGCUGUCAUAGUACCCACUCUCACAUCGGUUUGGUAAAAUGGUGAAAGAUUUGUUGAAAUCCAUUGACAGAGACAUCAUGUCUGGCUUUUAUAAUACUGUGUAUAGAGGUUCACUCCAUACAGGCAUUGUAAUGCUGUAUGUCUAUAUAAACGUUUAUGCAAGAAGUAUUCUGUGUAUUUGGGCUUUGAUUUUAUAUGUAAGAUACUUAAGAAAAAUGUAGGUACGUUUUUUAUGUUUUUUUUUUUUUUAAUAAAUUACGAAAAUGGUUUGA